GAGAUCCCGUGCCGCACGCUAUUGGCAUUUUCAGCUCGGUGUUCACGCUACCUUCGUACUCAAAAUUGCAAGAAUUCGGCAUGAAGCGAAAAGACUCAAUCAACAACCUCUCCAUAUCGUGCUUGAUUCCGUAUUCCAAGUGGCAUGAUUGAACUGGGGCCGCGAAGUCAGCGAUCCCCUAGGGGCUGGAAGCUGAGGGAGUAGGAGUCCUUGUUGUGACUUGUUUUCGCGGACAGCCGCCAACAAACAUCCUGCAGAUGGCAGCCCAGUUGGGUUAAGCGUUGACGGCUGGGCGGGGCUGAGCGAUCAAGUGGCUGGGCGGAAGUGUGACCGCGGGCUGGGUGGCGAGGCUGUUGUCUCACAUCAGAACGACACACUAAUACUGUACGAAGCCCUGCGGACAACAAUUCAGAUCCUCGUGCCUUCUUCUUGUCCAACAAGUUUUGAUUUGAACACUCGUUUGCACAGCAGUCACUGAUGUUUCUUCCGUCGCUUGUAAUCCUGGGGGUGGUUCAGGCGGUCUUUGGGAAGACACAACUCUAUGGCAUGAACAUUGCAGGAUUCGAAUUUGGCUGUGAAAUUACUGGAACCUGCCCACUCGACACUAUCCAACCACCGUUGAAGAGUUUGGGCUUCGGAGAUGGAGCUGGUCAAAUGGAUCAUUUUGUUAAGGACGACGGGAUGAACGUUUUUCGUCUACCUGUCUCAUGGCAAUAUCUUACUAAUAAUGUCAUCGGACCUCUCGACAAAACGAACUUUGGCAAUUAUGAUCUACUUAUGCAAGCUUGUCUUAAGACGGGGGCGUACUGUGUCAUCGAUAUCCAUAACUUUGCGCGGUGGAACGGAGGUAUUAUAGGGCAAGGUGGACCGACGGACGAACAAUUUGCAGAUCUCUGGACCCAAUUGGCCACCAAUUACGCCAGUAACCCAUUCGUUAUAUUCGAAUUAAUGAAUGAGCCUCACGAUAUCGAUCUCACCGCUUGGGUUGCUAGCUGCCAAGCAGCUGUGGCAGCAAUUCGCAAAGCUGAAAAAGUUUUGCACAUAGUUCUCUUGCCUGGAGAGAACUUCUCUAGCGCCGGUACUUUUCUUACCAGUGGAUGGGGGGCAGCUCUAGCUACUGUCACGAAUCCAGACGCAUCUACGACGAAUUUAGUCCUCGACCUACACAAGUAUGAAGACGUUGAUAACUCGGGCGAUCACCCCGACUGUGUGAUGGAUAAUGUAGCGGAUACCUUCGAACCAGUCGCCGCUUGGCUCCGAAAGAACAAACGGCAAGCGAUCCUCAGUGAGACCGGUGUUGGUGUGACUUCUGAAUCUUGCUUCGUGGACUUCUGUGCCCAAAACACAGCCAUAAACGCCAACUCUGACGUCUAUCUUGGAUAUAUCGCAUGGACGGCAGGCAGCGUUACCUCUGACUAUAUUCUAGACCUUGCGCCAACUCUGACAGGCACAAAAUGGGUGGACCAGAAGAUGACAAUUCAAUGUGUGAUUGAUUUGUGGGUUAAUGCUCCUGCUGGUCCUGCGGCGCCUGAUUGGGGCUUGGCACUUGGCACGGCGCUGGCAGCAAUCCCGAGCUCGACAGGGGGAUCGGCCAAGCGAUCGAGCUCGGUGGUAGUGUCAACUUCCAGCUCGGGGGCGGUGUCAACUCCAACAGCAAUCGUGACAGGUACCGGGAAAAGCGGAUCCGCAUCUGGAACGCAAACGAGCGCAUCACCCAGUGAUACGCAGACAAAAACGCCGAAUUCGGCAAACGGGGUGAAGUUCGCGAGUGGAUUGAUGGCAUGUUCUUUAAUAUUAGCUGUUAUCCUUUUGUAAAUAUCAAUGAAAAGGAGUCUGGGUUGACUUUGGGAUCUGAGGGCUUGCCUUUGGUUGCAUUAGAGCAUUAAUUUGGCGUACUCAAAUAUAAUAGGUAGUUGAAAUAAAUUGACAUGACAUAUACAGAUAUUCAUUUCC